AUGUUGAGUCACUAGUGACUCUCCGCCUCGAUGGAAGAGAGAGAGGACGGUGUUGACAGUUCCUCCGCUGUGGAUUCACCAGGAGUCAUUUCAUGCCUAUUUUGUACGAGAUUUUAGCUCAUUUACCAUAGUUUGUUUUCAGAUCCAUUUUAAACAAAGUUCUCUUCCUGGAGUCUCGCAUCAUGACAAGUCUAUGUUGAAGACAGCAUGCGGUGACUGUGAGGCGGGCCCCAUCCUGAGUCUGUACGAUGAAGAGCCCGGUGCACAGGUGCAGGGACGUGGAGAGGCAGGCUGCCUGCCUGCAGACUGAGCAGCCGUGUGUCCCCGUCUCCCAGCACAUCCCCAGCGGCAUGUGGUUUAUCAGGGACGCGUGUGGCAUCGUGUGCGGGGUUAUCACCUGGAUGCUGGUGUUCUAUGCUGAGUUUGUCGUGCUCUUCGUCAUGCUGUUGCCUUCUAAAAACCUGACCUAUAGCUUAGUCAACGGGACUGUGUUCAACACUCUGGCCUUCCUGGCUCUCGCCUCUCACUUCAGGGCCAUGUGCACCGACCCUGGAGCUGUGCCAACAGGGAACGCCACUAAAGAGUACAUCGAGAGUCUUCAGCUGAAGCCGGGACAGGUGGUGUACAAGUGUCCCAAAUGCUGCAGCAUCAAGCCUGACCGGGCACAUCACUGUAGUGUGUGUAAGCGCUGCAUAAGGAAGAUGGACCACCACUGUCCCUGGGUUAACAACUGUGUGGGAGAGAACAACCAGAAGUUCUUUGUGCUCUUCACAAUGUACAUUGCACUCAUUUCCCUCCACUCUCUGGUGAUGGUGGUCUUCCACUUCCUGUACUGCUUCGAAGAUGAUUGGACAAAGUGCAGUUCCUUCUCACCUCCUGCGACCGUCAUCCUCCUCAUCCUCCUGUGCUUUGAGGCCCUCCUCUUCCUCAUCUUCACCUCUGUGAUGUUCGGGACUCAGGUCCAUUCCAUCUGUACAGACGAGACGGGCAUAGAACAGUUGAAAAAGGAGGAGAGAAGAUGGGGUAAAAAAACUAAGUGGAUGAACACGAAGGCGGUAUUUGGACACCCCUUCUCCAUAUUCUGGUUUGUCCCGUUGACCCAACCUGGGAAGGCCCAUGGGAAGGCUGAAUCCUACCAGUAUGUGGUCUGAGCUUAGCCACCCGGGGGGACAAACAGACUCUGAGACAGAGGUGUGUUAACACCAACCACCCCAUCCUUCCACCUCACCCUGACUCUCCUCCCCAACACUCCUUGACGAUGCUGAACGUGAUUGUAAUCCCUCAUAACUCUGAACAACUUCAUCACUUCUAUAUUGGCACAGUGUUUUUUAUGUUGCUUGGGAACAAAAGUCAAGUGGAGUUGCAGAGAAAAAUAUAUCUAUUAUAAAACGUUUCAAACGUGCCUGUUUUUCACUCUUAUGUAUGCUGUUGAUUUGUUCUGGUUUUAUGAAUCACUUUUCCCUCUGUCUCUCCCCCCACUGCCCCCCUCUCUGUCUCUCCCCCCCUC